UUCUUUCCGUCUCCCGUCAGGCAUGAAUCAACACAUUCCAACCGGCGCGCAUGGCAUCUCCCUCCCGCCGCGUGACACCCGACAGCGCGGCAGCUGGAACUCGCCAAGGAAAAAGCCUUUCCCCGUUCUAUCUCGGCCGGCCCGAUUCCCGACAGCUGCAGCAUCUCCCGUUCUCCACUCUGGACACAUCGUCAUCCACUCAGUGCUGGUCGGAGGCUCUAUUCCUCAAAGUUCCUUCGUAUCAGGAUUGAUGAGUAAUUGAAUUCCAGAAUAAAAUAACCCCCCUCAUUUGUCUUCCAUUCCCAUCACCAGAAUUCUCUACAACUCGACAAAAACAUCAGGAAAAAUGGCAGGAAUCGCUCUCCUUGGUGCCGGCAUCUUUGCCCGUCAUGAACACCUCCCCGCCAUCCUCGCCUCCCCAAACUUGCUCUCCCUCAAAGCAGUCUACUCCCGUUCUCAGACCUCCUCCGUCGCCCUAGCCGACGCCCUCCCCGCCGACGGCCCCAAGCCAGACAUCUACUAUGACUCCCCCUCCGAGCCCGGCCGCGGCCUGGCUGACCUCCUCAAGAGAGACGACAUCGUCGCCGUGGACGUUGCGUUGCCUAUUCUGGCCCAGCCCGAGGUGAUCAAAGCUGCUCUCAAGGCCGGAAAGCACGUCCUUUCCGAGAAGCCCGUCGCGGCCGAUGUCAAGGGGGCAAGGGAGUUGAUCAAGUGGUACGAGACUGAAUUGCCAGCCGAGAAGAAGCCGCUGUGGGGUGUGGCGGAGAACUUUCGGUUCAUGAAGAGUUUGGUGUUUGCUGGGGAGGAGGUCAAGAGGAUUGGAGGCCGGGUGGUGAGCUUCAAGCUGGAGAAGUUUGGGUGGGUGGCGGAGGAUAACAAGUAUUUCAACACUCAGUGGCGCAAGGUUCCUGACUACCAGGGUGGAUUCUUGCUGGACGGUGGAGUGCAUUUUGUGGCUGCGCUGCGAUACUUGCUUGGGGCUUCUGGACAGGAGUUGAGCAAGGUGGCUGCGUAUACCGCUCUUUUGGAAGAGAGAUUACAGCCUUUGGAUACCAUCCACGGUGUUGCUUCGACCAAGCAGGGCGUGAAUGGCUCGAUUGUGCUUUCUUUUGGGACAGAGUUCAAGAACGGGACGGAUUUGGAGAUCAUCACAACCAAUGGAACUGUCAGCUGGAGCCCAACCGAGGUCAAGACUGUGACCAAGGAGGGGGAGAGCAAGAAAGAGUUUGAGUACAGCUCUGGUGUUGGCGAGGAGGUGGCUGUGUUUGCACGGGCUAUCAAGGCCGGCACUGGAAAGGUCGACGGUCUGCAGACUCCCGAGGAAGCGUUCAAGGACUUGGAGGUUUUGGAAGGAUUGCUAGAGUCUGGAUCUGGGGGCGCCAAGGUGAAGGAGAUUUCGGUUUAAAUACUGAUUUCCAUUUUUGAAAAUUACCCUACUUACCU